UCUACAGUUACUAUAAUAUGCCAAAACACCUAAUUUUUCUUCAUACUAACUACCUUAUCCUUAAUUAAUUUCCAACAAAAAUAUAUGGAAUCCGUGGGCUCCAGUUCUUCCGACCACCACCACCGUCCUCGCCGCCGUCUAACGCCAACUCAACCCCUCGCUGACAGAAUACUCCGAGCCCUCAGCCACCACCUCCGCCUCCUCCACCGUUACGACGCCACUUUUUUCGUCUUAGGUGCCACGUGUAAUGUCUACACUGUGACUCUCUCCACCACCCCUUCAUGCAGCUGCCCUGAUCGUAGCACCCCAUGCAAACAUAUAUUAUUUGUGCUUAUUAGGGUAUUGGGUGUAUCGAUUGAUGACACGUGUCUCUAUCGACGGAGUCUUCGGCCAUGUCAGCUUCAACGUCUUCUCAACUUACCCAUUUCGACAGAAGCAUUAGCAACUCAAAAAGUACGUGAAAUGUUUCACCAGUUGUUUUCUCAACAACCGCAGAGGACUUCGCCUGUAACAAUAAAGGUUGAAAAUGGGACGACAUGCCCGGUGUGUUUGGAAGAGAUGACUGAACAAGAAAAAAUAGCAGCUUGUGUUACAUGUAGAAACCCUAUUCAUGAAGAAUGUAUAAUGGCAUGGAAGAGAAGUAGUAGAAGAAGAUCUAUUAGUUGUGUGCUUUGUCGAGCAAGGUGGAGAGAUUUGAGAGCUGAAUUAGAGAGAGACAAGUACUUGAAUUUAUCUCCAUAUAUUAUUAGUAACGGGGAAAAUGAAAUAGGUGAAAAUCAUCAGAAUCGUUGUAGAGAUUAAUAGCGCUCAGA